AUCUCGGCGCAUGUUUUCUUCUUGUUUUAUUUUCUUUUGUUAUUCAACGCUGGACUUCUAAUGAGAUUCUUUACAAAAGGUGGUCGGUUUCUAAUAGCCGGCAUUCUGCCGGGCAUUGACCGUAAUGCCGAUGAUAUUGUCGAUAAGGAAAGCCCAACUUACAAGUCGUUUUUGGAAAACAAGAGACCGGAAGAAACCGGCAUGGAACGACUAAAACAAAUGUUUACCGUAGAUGAAUUUGGCAGCAUAUCAUCAGAAGUUAACUCUAUAUACCAGGCAGGAUUUCUGGGAUUUCUUGUGGGAGCCAUUUACGGAGGUGUUACACAAUCGCGGGUCAGCUACAUGAAUUUCAUGGAGAAUAAUCAAGCCACGGCUUUCAAGUCACAUUUGGAUGCCAAGAAAAAGCUGCAGGAUCAGUUUACAGUGAACUUUGCCAAGGGCGGAUUCAAAUGGGGCUGGCGUGUGGGUCUCUUCACCACAUCCUACUUCGGCAUCAUCACCUGUAUAUCUGUUUAUCGCGGCAAAUCGUCCAUUUACGAGUACUUGGCAGCAGGUUCCCUCACUGGAGCCAUGUACAAGGUAAACUUGGGUUUGCGGGGCAUGGCUGCUGGAGGCAUAAUUGGUGGAUUCAUGGGCGGCGUUGCGGGCGUGGCUUCGCUGCUGUUGAUGAAGGCAUCAGGCACCUCCAUGGAGGAGGUGCGGUACUGGCAAUAUAAAUGGCGCGAACAGCGGGAUGAUAACAUCCAACAAGCGUUCAGGAACCAGGCCCAAAAAGAUGCUCCAGAACUUUUUACAGCGCACGACACUCGCGUGGGCGAAAAGAUCACAUUGGACUCGGUCAAAUGAAUAAUACACUUAAUAUUUGUUAGGUUUUAUGUUGAAAUAUUUAAAGUUUAAACAAUA